AGUUGUCGUUUCGUUGCGCAGAGUCUCGGGUGCAAUUGUAGAAAGAGUCGAUAUUCAGCUUAAAGCCGCGAGAUUGGUGAAAACGAUUUGACAUACGUCAUAAAUUUGCAUAGACUUGGUCAAUAUGCUUAAAUUGCCAUGCCAAGGUUGGUUUUUGCUGUUGCUGCUGGCGCACAUUGCGUAUGCGCAACAUCAGGAUUAUACAACACCUGUGCCCAUACUUAAGCAGAUCGACAAACACAAUGAUGACGGUUCUUACACCUACGGCUACGAGGCGGCGGACAAGAGUUUCAAGAUCGAAACGAAGUAUUCGAAUGGUGAGGUCUAUGGCAAAUACGGCUAUGUGGAUGAUCAGGGCAAGGUGCGUGAGAUUGAGUAUGGUGCCAGUAAGCGUGGAUUUGAGCCGGCUGGCAGUCACAUCAAUGUGCCGCCACCGACGUUGACAAAUAGCAAUCCAUAUCCGCUGGGACCCAACGAGAUUGACGAUGGCCAGUAUCGCGAGGAUCCUGCAGUCUACUACAAGGAUCAGAAGUACAAUCGCCCCAUCGCGGCCAGCAAGUUCAGUUUGAAUGAUUUUGGGCGCGGACAUCAGCAACAGCAGCCACAAUAUGCACCUGCACCGGCUCCGGCCCGACCAUUUUACAAUCCUGCGCCGCAGUACUAUAAUCCACCGGCACCACAGCAGCGAUACUAUCAGCCACCGGCGCCACAGCCCUACUAUGCACCACAACAGCAGCAGCAAUAUAAUGGACAGCCGGAGCAACAUCAUCCGGCGUUGCGAAAUCUGAACAUCUAUACGGGCUCCUACAGCAUUGACUAUACGGGCCGUAAGUAGAGGCGGACUCUUGGUUAAUGUUCUGUGUUGGCCCAGAGAGAUAGCGACUGAUGUUCGCGGAAAGUUGUUACUGCCAAAUAAAUCAGUCACUCCGAUAUCGGAUAUCAAUCUCUAUAUAUAAAUAUAUGUAUGUGUAAAUACGAGUAUAUGUGUAUGUUUAGGUGUAUGUAUGUAAUACUAAACUGUACUGUCGAAAUUUGUUGCCGCACCUAAGAAAACUCAAUAAAGUGCCGAUUAACCAA